AAUAACUUUCCAAUAUAUCUUGGGCGCCGACACGUGCAUCGGAGGCACGCGAAGGCUUUGGCGUCAGAUAUCGCAAGCAGCCAUCGGACGAUUCCUUCUUCCAUUGUUACCUCCAUCCAUGGUAAGCCCCGGUCCGCCCUCGCUAGCUUCCACUAGACGAUGACUUGAACCCCUCUUUCUUUCCCCCAGUCUCCCAUCCUUGUUGGGGGAUUCGAUCCCAGUUGGUAGGAAACCCUAAUCCACAAAUCCUUCCAACCCUAGUUUUCACCUGUUUAACACCGUUGCUCUCAUUUCGAUAUCCGCGAAUCUUGAUCCGAGUUAUUUUCCUUCCUUGGAGAGUUCUUGAGUGCUCGAUCCAUCAUAAUAAUCUGAAAGCGCAGUUCUUGAGCAUCUCUGAGAUGGGACUGUGUUCGCGUUAGAUUCUAUCGAGUUUCUGUAGUUGUUUGAAUCCGAUCUGUGAAGUGCUGGCUUGCAAGAAUAGUUCUCUGCAUUCAUGCCUGAUCCAAACUAAGUUUUAUCAACCUGCAUCUUUAGAAGUUUAUGUGAUCGAUGGGCUUUUAAUCUCAUUUCAGAAUCUGGGUGUUGAAUUUUACUCAGUUCUGUGAUCUGAGUUUCUUUCGGAUUUCUCUGAUACUAAGUAGGGAGGCUAAUCAUGGAUGGUAACAAGGAUGAGGCUGUGAGAUGUGUCAAACUGGCUGAAUCGGCUCUAGCAUCCGGUGAUAAGCAGCGGGCGUUGAAAUUUAUCAGAAUUGCUCGGAGGUUGGACCAUAAUCUGGUUCUUGAUGAUCUCUUGGCUGCUUGCGAGAAACUAGACAGCUCAAAUCCCACUGCCCGUGAAGGGAAAAUAGCCCUAGAUCAAGUCCGCAAUGAUCGGGAUUCCUCUAAGGCAUCAGAGGUUUCAAAUGGAGAUCGAAAUUACACUGAAGAGCAUGUUAGAGUGAUUAGAGAGAUCAGGAGGAACAAGGAUUAUUAUGCAAUUCUUGGUGUAGAGAAGAGUUGCUCGGUCGAGGAAAUUAGGAAAGCCUACAAGAAGCUGUCCCUUAAGGUUCAUCCUGACAAGAACAAGGCCCCAGGAGCAGAGGAGGCGUUCAAGUCUGUUUGCAAAGCUUUCAAAUGUUUGAGUGUUGAAGAAUCGAGACGGCACUAUGACCAAACAGGGAUUGUUGAAGACUCUGAUUUCAACCAGCAAUACAGUAAUAUGAGGAGGAGGAGGAGAAGGACCAGUAGAAAUGACUUCUUUGAUGAGAAUUUUGAUCCUGAUGAAUUCUUCAGGUCCUUCUUUGGCUCUCAGGGUGAUGUAUUUCGUGCCCAACGAGUUUAUAGGACAAGAGAGAUGGGACCGAUGGGCAGGCAACAAAGGGAACGAAAUGGUCAGGGAGGAGGGACUAAUUUCAUAUUUUUACUUCAGUUCUUGCCCAUUUUGCUUUUCUUCUUGCUUGCGUACUUUCCUUUUCCAGACCCACAAUUCUCGCUACAGAAGAGUUAUUCCUAUCAGAUCCCAAAGGUUACAAAGAAACAUGGAGUGGAGUAUUUUGUCAAAUUGGAAGAUUUUGAUCAGAAGUUCCCAGAAGGAAGUCCUGCCAGAGAAGAUCUUGAACAUGAUGUUUUGAGGGACUAUAAAAGUGUACUUGGGCGACUCUGUCAUGUGGAGCUUCACAGGCGCACCUGGGUGAGAACUUAUCCGACACCUCAUUGUGAUAAGCUACGGAGUCUUGGAGUGUCAUGAAAAUGUUAAUGAGGCACAACAAAUUCAGUUGGGCUAUCAAUCUAUCAUAGAUUGCUGUUCUUGGAACCCUUCAUCUUUUGCCAGACAGUAGAGAUAUGCUUCCGUUUUAGGCGAAUGAUAGAUAUAGUUCUUCAAUUUGUGAUUGACUAAGCUGUUAUUAGAAGACCAACAUCAUUUAGAUAGACUUGUACCGCGUAUGCUAUCAUGUCUUGUAAUCCAUGUGUCGUUCUCUUUUUAUGACACAACCUCUUUGUAAGUAGCUUGAUUACUAUUUCAGAGUAAUUUGGUGCUUUGUGCUC